AUGGUUAAACCGCUCACAUUCAAAGGCGACAAGCCCAAGAAGCGCAAGCAGCGGGAUCCAGACAGCGAUAAAGCUCCCAAAACACGCAAGGUCGAAGUAUCGGAGACAGCAGAGAAUGACGACAACCCACCAGAAGAUCAAAGCUGGGUGUCCGCCGACGCACCAAGCGACAUUUCAGGCCCAGUAGUCCUCGUCCUUCCCUCAGACGAGCCAACAUGUGUCGCGUGCGAUAUGACCGGCAAGGUGUUUGCCAGCGCACUGGAGAAUUUAAUUGAUGGAGAUCCGGCAACGUCAGAGCCACACGAUGUACGACAGGUGUGGAUAGCAACCAAGGUAGCAGGAACCGAAUCCUUUACAUUCAAGGGACAUCAUGGGAAAUAUCUCUCCUGCGAUAGCCACGGUCUCUUCAGCGCCGACAGUGCCGCAGUGUCCCAUUACGAAACCUUCCUGGCGAUUCCAUCCCCGGACAUCCCCGGAACAUUCUCACUACAAGUGCGCGGCGGUGACUCCGAGUCUUUCCUCUGCAUCAAAGAAAGUGCGAAAGCUACAGGCGGCGUUGAAAUUCGUGGAGAUGCCACAACAAUCUCCUUCGAAACGACAUUGCGCAUUCGUAUGCAAGCGCGAUUCAAACCCCGUUUACGGGUCGCAAAAGAGAACAAGGCAUACGAGAAGAUCAGCAAAAAGGAGCUGGAGGAACUUAUCGGGAGGAAGCUGGAUGAUGAUGAAGUGCGCAGACUGCGCAAGGCGCGCCGGGAGGGCAAUUUCCAUGAAGUCAUGCUUGAUGUCAAAGUUAAAGGGAAGCACGACAAGUUUGCUUGA